AUGCCUUACAAGAGAACGUACAAGAAAAGGAACACAGCCACCAGCCAAAGGGCUAGCGUGGAAGCAACUCGCGAAGAGACCGUUCCGACUCAGACAGCAGCCCCAACCGCUCCUACAGUUACCCCUCCUACUGAUACGGAUGGAGAUGUUAGGAAUGCUAUCAACAUGCUCACACAACUGGUAGCAGCUCAGGCCCAACGUCAGGAAUCCGGGUCAAGUUCGGGGCAUAAUGGAGAGUCUUCUAGGACUAAGGAUUUCCUCAGAAUGAAUCCCCCAGUCUUCACGGGGACAAAGAAAGACGAAGACCCUCAGGACUACAUAGAUGCUCUUCAGAAGAUCUUCAGAAUUAUGGCAGUCACAGAAACUGAAGCAGCUACUUUCGGAGCUCAUCAGCUGCAGAGCAUUGCUAACACCUGGUACGAAUCUUGGGAAUUAUCCCGAGUAGAGGUCAGGGAAGCUAAGGUUGAGCAAUUCCUGAAGCUCAAACAGAAUGGCAGAUCAGUUCAGGACUACUAUUUGGAGUUUGUCAGUCUGGCCAAGCAUGCUUCAGAUAUGGUACCAGAUAUGAGGGCGAGAGUGAGAAGGUUUGUUGGAGGACUUGAUUCUCAUUUGUAUGAUGGGGCCAACAUUGCUGCACAGAAUGGGGGAAUGACCAUCUCCAAGAUGGUUGCUUUCGUACAGGGCAACGAGACGAGGCUAAAGGAGGAGGAAGCCUUGCAGAAAGAGAAAGACAAGGAGUUCAACAAGAGGGUCAAGUCUACCGGACAGUUCAGCGGGAACAGGAAAUUCUUUAACAACAGGUCAGCAGGACCCGCUCCGUCCACAGCAAGUGCUCCAGUUUCCAAGUUCAGGAGAGAUAACCGUCAGCAGAAUUUCAGGCCGUCAGGCUCUCAGUCUCAGGCCAGUGUGACUCAGAGUAACUUCACCAAUCCGAUUUGUGCUAAGUGUGGGAGGAGGCAUCCUGGGGAGUGCCGCUUGGGAUCAAAUAUUUGCUAUGGGUGUGGUCAGCCGGGCCAUAUUCAGCGAGAUUGCCCUUCAGUCAGACAGGGCACAGGAGGUAAUCGGACCCAGUCGAUAAAUUCGUCGGUUCCUCGUAAUAAUCAAACUCAGGCAGGACGUGCACCAGUUAGAUCCGGCAACGCAGGCGGUGGCCCAAACCGUUUGUAUGCUUUGACUGGGCGUCAGGAUACCGAUGCUCGUACUGAUGUUGUCACAGGUAUGCUCACCGUUUUCAGUUUCGAUGUCUAUGCUCUCAUGGACCCUGGAUCCACCCUAUCCUAUGUCACCCCUUAUGUUGCUAGAAAAUUUGGUAUUGAACCUGAAAAGCUAAAAGAACCUUUUGAAGUGUCAACUCCAGUUGUUGAUUGUAGAACUAAAACUGUAAAUUUCAAGUUUCCUAACGAGCCAGUCUUAGAGUGGAAGGGUAAUUCAGUAAGCCCUAAGGGUAGGUUUAUCUCUUACCUCAAGGCAAGAAAAAUGGUGUCUAAGGGUUAUAUCUAUCAUCUCGUUCGGGUUAGGGAUUCAGCUUCCCCACCCCAACUCUUCGCCGCGAUCGUUGUUAAUGAGUUUCCAGAAGUCUUUCCCGAGGAUCUUCCUGGAAUCCCUCCUGAUAGGGAAAUUGAUUUCGCAAUUGACCUACUCCCAGUGUCUCUCCAUGGGGUGCCCCAGUUCUCUUUGUGCGCAAGAAAGAUGGUUCUUUGCCUUCAGGGUGCCCAAUGUUACUCCAAGAUAGAUCUCCGGUCAGGUUACCAUCAGCUUAAGGUUAAGGAACGAGAUAUUCCUAAGACGGCUUUUAGAACCAGAUAUGGUCAUUUCGAAUUCUGUGUCAUGUCCUUCGGUUUGACCAAUGCCCCAGCAGCAUUUAUGGACCUCAUGAAUAGAGUCUUCAAGCCAUACCUCGACCUCUUUGUCAUUGUCUUCAUAGAUGAUAUCCUCAUUUACUCCCGUAGUGAGGCUGAGCACGCAGAACACCUUCGUAUAGUCCUUCAGAUUCUCAAGGACCGCAAGUUGUAUGCAAAAUUCUCUAAGUGUGAAUUUUGGCUCAAGUCAGUAGCCUUCUUAGGUCAUGUGAUUUCUGGUGAGGGUGUUCAGGUUGACUCUCAGAAGAUUGAGGCCGUUAAGAAUUGGCCUAGACCCACAUCAGUUUCAGAUAUCCGCAGUUUCUUGGGUCUAGCAGGCUAUUACCGACGUUUCGUCGAGGGGUUUUCAUCUAUUUCAGCACCAUUGACCAAGUUGAUGAAGAAGGAAGUUAAAUUUCAGUGGUCAGAUGCCUGUGAGCGCAGUUUCGAGGAAUUGAAAACGAGAUUAACUUCUGCGCCAGUUUUGACUCUACCAGAGGGAACCGAAGGAUGGGCAGGCAGAGCGUACUAUUCAGACUCUGGAGGACAUGCUGAGGGCAUGCGUCUUGGAUUUCAAAGGAUUGUUAAAGAUGAGAAACGGAUUGUUAACAAGAAUAUUUCAAUGUUGAUUUUGGUGAAUGGUUCUUGUUUAUUGAAGGUGUUCGAGCUUGUGAAUUAUACAGUUCUAUAUUUUCGUUGCAAGAAGAGAAAGGGGGGACAAGAGAUUAUUGAAUUGCAAGGAAGUAUCGACUAUAGCAAGAUCUCUAAUUUUCCAUUAAUAAUUGAUGAUGCAAAUUAG